CAUCCACCUCUCUCUGAGCGGCCAGACCUGCGCUGCGACCUCAACACAGGUGGUCGCGCCAGGCAACGCCGAGAUGUUGCCCAAAGUUCUCCUGAUGCUCCUCAACAUAUUCCUGGCUCUCCAGUGGAGGGUUGGACCUCAUGUUGAGCUGGAGAAUAAGCACCCUGUCCAAGAAAAUGUAGUCUUCGGCCCUCAGCCUAGGCCUGUGCCUCAGCCUCUGCUUGAUCCUGAAUCCCCUGCUGAUGAUGAUGUAUUCUUCGGCCCUCAGCCACAGCCACAGGCCAAAUCCCUGGGCCAUGAUGAUGAUGUAGUCUUUAGCUCCCAGCCUCAUCCUCUGCCUCAUCCCCAGCCUCUGCCCCAGCCACAGCCUGAGCCAGAGCCUCAGCCCCAACCCCAGCCUCAGCCCCAGCCUCAGCCCCAACCGCAGCCUCAGCCCCAGCCCCAGCCCCUGGCUGGGUGCCAGCCUCUGCCUCAGCCCCUGCCCUGGCCCCUUCCUCAGCCCCAGCCGGAGCCGGAGCCGGAGCCCCAGCCGGAGCCAGAGCCCCAACCCCAGCCUGAGCCCCAGCCUGAGCCCCAGCCUGAGCCCCAGCCCCAUCCUCUGCCUUGGCCCCUGCCCUUGCCCCAUCCCCAGCCUGAACCUCAGCCUCAGCCUGAACCCCAGCCUGAACCCCAGCCUGAACCCCAGCCUCAACCAGAGCCCCAGCCUCAGCCCGAGCCCCACCCUCACCCUGAACCCCAGACCCCAGUCCAGCUCCAGGCUGGGCGCAAACCCAGGCCCAGGCCCCAGCCUGAGCCCCAGCCGGAGCCUCAGCCCCAGCCGAAGCCGAAGCCUCAGCCGAAGCCGGAGCCCCUGCCAGAGCCUGAGCCCCUGCCGGAGCCUGAGCCCCAGCCCCAACCGGAGCCUGAGCCCCAGCCGGAGCCUGAGCCCCAGCCCCAACCGGAGCCCCAGCCGGAGCCCCAGCCGGAGCCCCAGCCGGAGCCCCAGCCGGAACCCGAGCCUGAGCCCGAGCCUGAGCCCGAACGGGAACCAGAGCCAGAGCCAGAGCCCCAGCCGGAGCCGGAGCCGGAGCCUGAGCCUGAGCCUGAGCCUGAGCCUGAGCCCGAACCGGAACCAGAGCCAGAGCCCCAGCCGGAGCCUGAGCCUGAGCCCGAACCGGAACCAGAACCAGAGCCCCAGCCGGAGCCUGAGCCUGAGCCCGAACCGGAGCCAGAGCCGGAGCCUCAGCAGGAGUCCCAGCAGGAGCCCGAGCCAGACCACCAGCCGCACCCCCAGCCACAUCCCCAGCCGCACCCCUAGCCGGACCCUCAGCCGGACCCUCAGCCAGAUCCUCAGCCUGACCCCGAGCCUGAACCGGAGAUGAAGCCAGAACCCCAGUACCAGCAGGAGCUUCAGCCUAGUGGAAAGAAGCUUCCAGCAGAAGAAACACAACUUGCCGCUGACUGCAUGACUGGGGGCUCAGGAGAGAACCUGGCAAGAGCUUCUCGAAUCCUUAACACCAUCCUAAGUAACUACGACCAUAAACUGCGCCCUGGCAUUGGAAAGAAGCCCACUGUGGUCACUGUUGAAAUCUUUGUCAACAGCCUCGGGCCUAUUUCCACCCUAGACAUGGAAUAUUCCAUUGACAUCAUCUUCUACCAGUCCUGGUAUGAUGAGCGGCUUCGUUACAAUGACAGCUUUGAGACCCUUGUUCUACAUGGCAACGUGGUGAAACAGUUGUGGAUCCAGGAUACCUAUUUUAGGAAUUCUAAGAGGACUCAUGAAUAUGAUGUCACCAUGCCCAACCAGAUGGCUCUUAUCCACAAGGAUGGAAAGGUGUUGUAUUCAGUUAGGAUGGCCAUUGAUGCGAGCUGCUCACUCCACAUGCUCAAAUUUCCAAUGGACUCUCACUCUUGCCCUCUGUCUUUCUCUAGCUUUUCCUAUGACGAGCAUGAGAUGGUCUACAAGUGGGAGAAUUUCAAGCUUGAAAUCAAUGAGAAUGCUUGGAAGUCAUUCGACUUUGAUUUUAGAGGAAUGUACAACAAAACUGAAAUCAUCUCCACCCCAGUUGGUGACUUCAUGGUCAUGACCUUCUUCUUCAACAUGAGCAGGCGGUUUGGCUUCAUUGUCUUUCAAAACUAUGUCCCUUCAUCUGUGACCACAAUGCUCUCCUGGGUCUCCUUCUGGAUCAAGAUAGAGGCUUCUGCAGCCAGGACCUCUGUAGGAGUCAGUUCUGUAGUCACCAUGGCCACGCUGGGCACCCUUUCCCGUAAGAAUUUCCCACGAGUCUCCUAUUUCACAGCUUUGGACUUGUAUAUUUCCAUUUGUUUCGUCUUGUGCUUCUGUACUCUACUAGAGUUUGCUGUGCUGAACUACCUGAUCUACAACGAGACGAAACGACAGACUUCUCCAAAGCUGUACCAUCUUGCAUCCGGUAGCCAUGCUAAUACACGUACUCGUGCUCGUGCCCGCACCCACGCUCGUGCCCGUGCCCGUGCCCGCCAGCAGCAGGAAGUGUUUGUAUGUGAGAUCAUCACCUAUGACAGGAAUGCUGAAGAGGAGCAUCAGUAUUGCCCAGUCCAGCAGUCAAGAAUACCCCAGUGUCCUCGGAGGCGAUGUGACAGGAGCUAUGUGUGCUUCAGGAUUCUCAGGAGAUACCUCUGCAUGGCUCCUGGUUGUGAAGGCAACACCUGCCAGCGAGGCUGCAUCUGCAUCCAUGUUUACUGCUUGGAUAACUACUCGCGCGUGCUUUUCCCUAUUACAUUCUUUUUCUUCAAUCUGCUCUACUGGCUGAUUUACCUUAACCUGUAGGCUCCAGCUGGUAGCUUAUGGGGCAGCCUCCGCAGUUCCCCAGGAGGUGUCAAGCCCCUUUGCCAAGGGAGUUGGGAGAUAACAGCAACAGCAUCAGAGGUACCUAGAGAGAGUUUUUCCUAACCUGGUUCCCAGUGCAAGCCUAUAGAGAGUUUGUCUCUACUGGCCUUCUCCCCCUUAGCCUGCUCACUCAGUCAACAGCCAUUCUCAAGUAAUGGCCCACCUCUCUAUUCUUCAAAGAGCAUUCAUGAUGCUCAAUGUGCCACAUUUGAGCAGAUAAGAUACCUCCCAAUGGUAUUA